CAUUGCUGCAAUGCCUGAUCUCACAGACACCAAAUGAUACGUGGGAAAGUCCGGAGAGAGCGAGAAAGAUAAACUCAUUGUGACAGUAUGCCGGGAACGGUCUAUGUGGAUCCCCUUCAUCGCGUGGCCGUGGCAGGCGGCACCCAUGGCAACGAGAUGUCGGGUGUCUUCCUGGUGAAACACUGGCUCAAACACUCUUCCCAGCUGGAAAGGGACACGGUCAGCGCUGUACCUCUUCUGUCCAAUCCGAAGGCAUCUGAAAAAGGAGUGCGCUAUUAUGAAAAAGACUUGAAUCGGUGCUUCACUUUGGACAUCUUAUCUGCUCCAGACUCACCUGAUGAUCCAUAUGAAGUUUUGAGAGCGAAGGAGAUCAACCGGCUGUUAGGCCCCAGAGGGAGCGCAAACGCAUAUGACAUGAUACUGGAUCUACAUAACACCACCUCUAACAUGGGGGUUUGCCUGAUUGUCAGUAGGGUCCAUAAUGCAGUGGAGAUGCAUGCCUGCCAAUAUAUACAGACUCAUCUUCCGCAUUAUAAUCCAAGGAUAUAUGUGUACGCGAAGCCUGGGACAGACCUCUAUAGCGUGGACUCUGUUGCCAAAUGUGGUCUUGGGUUUGAGUUAGGUCCUCAGCCGCAGGGGGUUGUCCGUGCUGAUAUACUGCAGAAAAUGAAGACAGUUAUUGAAAUGACUUUGGACUUUAUUAAUCACCUCAACAAAGGAAUGGAGUUUCCAGCUUUUGAAACUGAUACUUACCAGUGUUCUGGUCAGGUGGAUUUUCCCCGGUCAUCGGAUGGGGAGAUAUCAGCGGUCAUCCAUCCUUCCCUGCAGGAUAAGGAUUUUUCAUUGCUACAUCCCGGUGACCUGAUCUUUCUGACUCUGGAUGGACAGUCAAUUCCUUACAGUGGAGAGAAGCCAAUUUACCCGGUCUUUAUUAAUGAAGCUGCUUAUUAUGAGAAGAAGAUUGCCUUCAUACUGGCUGAGAAGAUCCGGGUGUCUGUCCCAGCUCUGAGAAGACAGACACACUAAAUCCCAAAGCCAAAUGCCUGCUUGU